CACACAUUCAUUCCCUGAUGCUUUAGUGCUUUUGGUCUGUUGGCCUGCUGAUUCCACCGGACAUUCCGGGAUCGCGUGCCCUACAAGGCUUACUUGCAUGCAAGCCCUACGUUCAUUCUUUUGCACUACCUUUUAUAUCGUCCAUCGUCUGGAUGAAGUACAAAUUCACGUCCUCUAUAAUGGUGUCUAUACAAUGAAUUGAAAGUACUAGUCGCCGUACCUGAUCGAUUCAACUGCAAAGGUGGAAGCUGGACUCAAUUCGCGGUAGUAGAACUCUGAUCAUCAUUUCGCUUUCUCAGCUCUGUUGCUUCUUUUUUUGGAGCCACAUUGCCUAAGUUUAAUGGACCAUGUCAGAAUGGUCAAGAACUUAUUCGGUAUUCGAAGAGUUUCUACUGACGCUCGAUUGGUCGCUACCACCUGCCUAGCAGAAUCCCCGCCCCAAGUCUCUCUCAAUACGAUUGAACCACGUUUAAAUAUGCACCAAUAUAAUGGCCUGUUUGACACGACGAACUCGCCAUCUGAAAGACACGCCAGUACUGUAACGGAUAAUAUAUCUGAUGCAGUGUCUCGCUCACCGUCCACAAUGACAAACGGAACGUCUACGGCGACAGAAUGGUCCUCAGCGGUGGGGCAUGCCAUGACCGGUAAAUCCGGCCGCGUUAUCCACAACCUCCAAGAAGACAUUGCACGCUUAACUCGUGAAUGUAGCCUCCAACGGUCUCGCGCCGAAGAAGCACAGCGGAUGAAUGAAGCUCUAAAACAACAACUGCAGACCGUGAUAGACCGAUUAAGGAACUCGGAGCAGGCGUAUGAAAUGAAUCUGGCAGCUGUUGAGCGAAAGGAUAGGAAGAUCAAUGACUUAAAAUCCGAAGUUCUCAACGAGAAACAAAGACGUAUAAAGGCCGAAGAAGAUGCUCGGAGGACCACGCAAUUGGCCACAGAAGAGCGGAAUGAACACCGUCGGGCCCUCGCCGAAGCCCAAGAAACAGCCCAGCAAGCACGGUGCCAGUAUGAAACUUUGUCCCAGGCCCGGUUAAGAGAUAAGCGGGAAUAUCAGUCCCGACUCAACACGUUUCGCAAAGAAUUGGGGGAACUUUCCCUUCGAGAAACAGAAAGACAAGAUCAGCUCAAUCGAUUUGACGUCAUCAUCGAGCAGAAAAAUCGUGAAAUCGCGGCAGGUCGCGAUCGUAUGGAACGGUUCAGUCGAAUAUUCGAAGAAUACAAGGCGGACAGGGAGCAGGAGAUUAGGGAUAUCGUUGAGAGAGGGUAUCGGAACGACUCGAGGAUCGAUGAGGCUGUUGCAGAGGCGAAGGAAACCACAGAGAAAAUGAAAUGGACGAUGAAUGUGAAGAAGGAGGUUAAAGGGCUGGAGUAGGCAUCAUUGAGAGACCAGUCAUUUUACAACAUCCUUGGGACCGUGAAGGGUCGUUUCAAAGGGCAGACUUACGUCUCACAUCUGCCUCUCUCCAAGACAAGUAGACAUCUCGGCCUAUAUACCCUACCUCAGGAUAUCUAUUUUCUGAUGGCUUGGUGUUCUGUCAACGUUCCUGGAUCAUCAAAUGCAUAUAUAUGCUCGAAAAAACCGGCUGAUAGGAGGUUGGCUGAACAUCAGAAAUUGGCCAUGGAACCAGAAACUACUACGCUAUAGUUAGCGAUGUCGACACUGCGAACUUCAUGGCGUCCCCAGACAUCGCCGUCUCGGCAAUAUUGUUAUCCCUUUAAAAGUCAAGGUGAUGUGGCCUUUUCGGACACCCACCUCUUUCCCGGGAAUCGAGGCUCCUAUUUUUUAUGUACGUACCAAUUACAUCCUUUCCACAGUGUAAGAUCACCGCAACUAGCUGUGGAAAGAGCUUACACUAGCGUGUGGCAUGGUGAGCCGCGCCGCAUGAAUAUUCCAGAAUUAGAGAGGGUUGAAAGGCAAUUCAUGCCUUAUCGCGACAAGGGAGCUCUUCUUCCGGGAAUGGACUGGGUUUGCCCAUGAUGUUUGGAUCUUCUGUGCCUUGAAACAGCCCACCCGAAAGGACACCCUUUCUUUGUAAGGUCUCCCUACGUUGGCAUGUACGAACCCGCUGGGUUACUAUGAAACCAUAUAUUUGCUUACAUUUCUAUGCACACACUUGAGCACGGAGGGGAUUCUUUAUGAGGUGUUUGAUUUUCUUGCAAUCAAAUAUUAUCCUAAUCCUGAAAA